GGUUACAGCCUGUUUCCAUGUAUGCAUCCAGCUCCCGCUUGCUCUACCUUGUCUUGUCUUGUCUUGUCUUGUCUUGUCUUGUCUUGUCUUGCCUUAUCUUCUCUCCACUUGAAUGGGGCCAAUAUUAUGAGAAAUCGUUUGCUUGUCGAAAAAGAUAAUAAUACAGUUGUAGAUUUGUACAUUCAUUACUUGUUACUCUCUCUGUGUUCCGUUUGAAGGAUGCUUUGCUUUCUACGAGGACUGAGUCAAGACUAUCCAGAAUUAUCCAUCCAUCAGCUCUCCCACUUCUCCCGCUUCUAAAAUGAUACGAUAGCAUACACACUCCUUCUACCCUUCUACUAUACCUUUUGUCCUUCACCAAAUCUUUGCUUGAGCUCUCAAUCUCAGCAUGCUGUCUCCUUUCCCCCCUUCAUCGUCUGCUCCAGGCGAGGGGCUUUUGGUUGUUCACCUACUACCUCAUUCAAUCUCCGCCUUAUCGACAAUGACUUUUCAAUACCCACUAAAAUUGAUAUCCCCGUCCCCUUCAGCUGAACAAAAGAGCGUCUUGGUCUUCCUCUUGUCAUACGGUGGAGGUCUUGUCGGUGGGGAUCAAGUUCAUCUCAAGAUAGACGUCAACCCAAAUGCAAAGUUGAGUAUCGUUACACAAGGUCAUACCAAAAUCUUCAAAUCACCAACACGUGAUGUUAUCACACGUCAAACUUUGCAAGUUACCAUUGAGGAUGGUGCUUCUGUUUGUUUACUACCCGAUCCGGUUCAACCUUUCGCGGAAAGUGUAUACGAGCAAUCACAAACGUUCAAUCUCCAAGAAGGGGGAUCUCUUUGCUUGCUAGAUUGGGUCUCAGCUGGGAGAACUGCAAGAGGGGAAAAUUGGGAUUUAAGAGCAUGGAGUGGGCGAAACGAAAUUUGGUCAAUAGGAAAGGAUAUGAAAAAAAGGCUAUUGCUAAGAGAUAAUGUCUUGUUAGAAGGAGAUGAAGCAACAUCCCAAGAGAAAUUACUACGGCAUAAAAUGCGCGGAAAUGGCAUAUUUGGUACAUUGAUCCUGAAAGGUCCUCUGGUCGAGAAGUUAUCUGCAUUCUUUUUGUCUGAGUUUGCUGCACUUCCCAGGAUUGGUGCUAGAGAUUUUCGUUCUGAUGAUAGGAAAGAGAGAGACAACGAGAUCGUUCUAUCGAGAGAAGAAUCGUGGAGGCUUCGACGACUUCAACAAGAAAAGAGAGAAGGGAUUCUUUGGUCCGCCGCCAAAGUGAGAGGAUGUACAGUGGUAAAAUUUGGGGCACCAACUGUUGAAAGUGGCCGGGUAUGGAUUGGUGGCAUGCUCAAAGAAGAAUGUAGUAUAUCUGAGAUCUUUGGAGAAGAUUCAUUGAUGUGUGUCCGUGAAUGAAUAGAGUGGACUUGGAUUGGACCAGGAUUUAAUGCAAUACGGAGUUCUGAUUGAUAUAUCAAGCCCAUAUAUGCUGAAAGUGUUUAUAUAGGUGGAAACCUGAUCGAUGUGUGACAUGGUGAGAGAAUGUGAGGAAGUUCUUACCGCACAAACUCGAUCCUUGUCGCCAAACAAGCCCCAUUGAAUCAGUCCUGUGUGUGCUGCCUUUGAAACGUUUUGGAAAUUGGAACUCAGGAGACACAGAGUGGGUUUGUUUGCUAUGAACUUCGUUUGAACUUGGAAGAGAUAGCAAUUCUGAUGAUGACAGUGACCAGCCAUCUGGACACACAAUACAAAGUUGAUAGCAUGAUGGGGGGAAGAAGCGGCUGUUGAUCCAAAGCUAACCAAACCUCAUCACCUUCUCUACCAGCCAUUCCAUUUCUCCACAUAUUUUUAAGCAUAGCACAUCUGUGAAGCACAGAAAUUCGGUGUCGGACACGCCGGGGUACAGUCAGUCUCUCGUCACAAUGCACAAUGCACAAGGCACAAGGCACAAAGCACGAUAAAACGUUACGGACACCGCACCCAGGCGGAUGCAUUACGGAAGGCAAUACUAUCCGAGCAUUCAUCCA